UGCCCCGUCGUGUUGUUCCUGGAAAUGUUGGCUAACCUGCGUACUUUUCCAUUAUGGCAGAUGAACAACGCGUUGCCAAUCUCUUUUCUCCCCGUUUCCUCUCAAGUGAAUUUCUAUCACAAUAUCCGCAAAUAUGUCGGACACGGAAAAUGAUGAUGUUCCCUCAGCGGUGACAGCUGGUGGUCCAAUGGAUAUUAACUCUGCCCUGCAGGAAGUUUUAAAAAAUGCCCUCAUUCAUGACGGCGUUGUUCAUGGACUUCAUGAAGCCGCCAAAUCUCUCGACAAGAGGCAAGCUAUGCUGUGCAUUUUGGCGGAAAAUUGCGACGAAGUGAUGUACAAGAAACUCGUUCAGGCACUUUGCAAUGAGCAUCAAAUUCCCUUGAUUAAAGUGGAUAAUAAUAAGAAAUUAGGCGAAUGGGCUGGACUUUGUAAAAUCGACAACACCGGCAAGGCCAGGAAAGUCGUUGGCUGCUCUUGCGUCGUCAUCAAGGACUUUGGAGAGGAAACACAGGCCAAGGACGUUCUUAUGGAAUACCUUAAACAAAAUACGGUACAUUAGUUGUCGAAUAAAUUUUUUUAAGUUCA